GGAGCCGGCAGGGGCUGGAGACUGGAGACUGGCCGGCUGGAGUUGCAGUUGCCUGGCAAAGGGGAAAGAGGUGGGGGUGUGGCUCUGGGGCAGACAUCAGGCGGGACCUCCCUAGCCAGGGUGCAGGGUCUGGCUGGGCCUGAGGACGGGCUGCUGCCGGGGGUGGGGUUAAAGAUCUUGUAGGGUGGCCCUGGGCAGCUUUGCUCAGUGCCUGAGCACCUACGUCUCCCCGCAAGUCUGCAGCAGCAGGAGCAUGAGUGAGCAGGGAAGGGAGACAGAGAUGGAGGAGGACGAGGGAGGUGGGGCUUCGGACACAGCACCUAUGCUGCCCCGGAGACCUCCCGACGACCAGGCCUCAGCCCUGACAUGCCCAGGGUGGCUGGGCCUGGCUGCCCGAGGCCUCGGGCCCCUGCUGCUGCUGGGCCGGCUGCUGGCUGGCCUCCUGCUGCACCUGCUGCUGCCCGCCACAGCCUUCCUGCUGGUGCUCCUGCCCGCAGCGGCCAUCGUCUACCUGGGAUUCCUGUGCCACUCGAGGGUCCACCCGGCUCCCGGCCCCCGGUGCCGCGCCCUGUUCUCGGACCGCGGCUCCGCGGCGCUCAUCGCGUUCGGGCUCCUCUCGCUGCCGCCACUGCUGGUGCUCGCCUCGGCCGUCCGCGCCCGCCUGGCCCGACGCCUCCGCCCGCUGCUGCCUCCGCCCGCUUCGACCCCCGGAUCCCGCCGCUCCCCGGGGCACCCCGACGGGGAGGGGCAACUCUGCGCCUGGGUUUGACCCAGCAAAACCCCGGGAGGCCUCCGAUCGCGUGGCCCGGCCCGGGAGACUGGGUGUCGCGCCCGCUCCUGUCCCCCCGGCUGCGACCCCGGCCUCCUCCGCGCAGAGCCCCGCCCCGCCACGGAGUGGAGGGGAGCACAAGCGGGGCAGGGCCCAGCCCGGCAGGCGGCUCUCCGGAAGGGCUCAGGCCCCAGCCUCAAGGCCUCCCGCACCUGCCCAGGCCCCAGCCUCCAGCGUCCAGGGCUGUGGAGCCCCCUGGGGAGACCCCCAGGCUCGGCCAAGCUUAGGGUUCCAGCAGGGCUCAGCCUGUGGCCAGGCUCGCAUUCAGAUAGGCACCAGCAUCAGUCCACUCUCUCCGGUAGCCUCUGCCAUCUCGUCUGUGACUUUGGUGCUCCUAGGAGUGCCUGCUCUUACCCGCCCGGUCAGGUGUAAGCCACUGGUCCACAUCGUUCUCAGCUCCGGAUCAGGUGUAAGCCACUGGUUCACAUCGUUCUCAGCUCCGGAAAUCCCUCAACCAUGAUCUCCAGUUUCACCAGGAAUUCCUUCUCCACACCCUCACCUUUUCCUUUUACCCUCCUCAUUGUCUCCUCCAUCUAAUCUGCUGAUUAACUCAUCCAUUUUAUCUUAAAUUAUUACGUUCACAUAUGCACACCAGGCACCUUGGCUCAGGCCUGCAAUCCCAGCACCUUGGGAGGCUGAGGUGGGCAGAUCACUUAAGGCCAGGAGUUUGAGACCAGCCUGGCCAACGUGGUGAAACCCCAUCUCUACUAAAAAUACAAAAAUGAGUCAGGCUUGGUGGCGUAAUCCCAGCUAUUCAGGAGGCUGAGGCAGGAGAAUCACUUGAACCCAGGAGGCAGAGGUUGCAGUGAGCUGAGAUGGUACCACUGCACUCUAUCCUGGAUGGCUGAGCAAGACUCGACUCUGUCUCAAAGCAAAAAAAAAGGUUAAUAUAUCUAAAAGUUACAUCUGAUAGUUUUAGAUUUGUAUGAUCAUUUUUUAUAGUCUGUUGGUACCUGCUUACUUUUUGAAUUACAGUAUCCGCAUCUUAAACAUA